AUGCCACCGAAAACCAAGCGGUUAAAGCGGCUAAGAAAGCAGGCAAAGCCCAAAAAUAUUUCAAAGGGCGACAAGAAGAAGAAACGUAAGCGCAAGGAGAGCUAUGCCAUUUAUAUUUACAAAGUCUUGAAACAAGUCCAUCCUGACACGGGCAUUUCGAGCAAGGCGAUGAGCAUCAUGAACAGCUUUGUGAAUGAUAUCUUCGAGCGUAUAGCGGCCGAGGCAUCGCGUUUGGGCUCACUACAACAAACGCUCUACAAUCACUAG